AUGCCAAAAGGGAAGAAGGACAAGGACAAGAAGGUGGUCCCAGCCACUGCUGUCAUGAAGAAGCAGGAGGCCAAAAAGGUGGUAAAUCGCCUGUUUGAGAAGAGGCCAAAGAAUUUUGGCAUUGGACAGGAUAUCCAGCCCAAGAGAGACCUCAUCCGCUUUGUCAAAUGGCCCCGCUACCUCUGGCUGCAGCGACAGAAGGCCAUCCUGUACAAGCGGCUGAAGGUGCCCCCUGUGAUUAGCCAGUUCACCCAGGCCUUGGACUGCCAAACAGCUACCCAGCUGCUUAAACUCGCCCACAAGUACAGACCAGAGACCAAGCAAGAGAAGAAGCAAAGGCUGUUGGCCCGGGCAGAGAAGAAAGCUGCUGGCAAAGGGGAUGUCCCCACUAAGAGUCCACUGGUCCUCAGAGCAGGUGUCAACACUGUCACCACUCUGACAGAGAACAAGAAGGCUCAGCUUGUGGAGAUUGCACAUGACGUGGAUCCCAUCGAGCUGGUCGUGUUCCUGCCUGUCCUGUGUCGCAAGGUGGGGGUUCCUUACUGCAUCAUCAAGGGGAAGGCCAGACUGGGACGUCUGGUCCACAGGAAGACCUGUACCACUGUCGCCUUCACACAAGUCAACCCGGAAGACAAAGGCACUCUGCUUAAGCUGGUGGAGGUCAUUGGGACCAACUACAAUGACAGAUAG